UUUAGAUCCAAAAGCACAUAAUUAGUCUCCUUUUUGUCUUUCCUUAUCAAUUUCAUCAUCAUCGUCCUCAAUAUGAUCCUUUAACUUAAAAUCUCUAAACCACCUUUAGUUUUCUUCAAGGUCUAUCUAUGGCGGCGGGUGGAAAACUCUUCGGGGCAUCCAACAUGACAACACUCUUGCUCCAAAACGAAAGACUUCCUCCCUCUUCUGACGUUCUCGACUCUAUCUGGACUCACACCUCAAACCCCACUUUCCCAGGAUCAAAAUCCAUGGUGAAUUUUGAGAGGCUGAGUGGGUGCAGAGUGACAGACCGGCCAUUUCUACACGGAGUGGAGAAAGAAGAGACAGGGGAGGAAGAUUACGAAGUGUGCUUUCAUCAGGCUGGGAAGAAGAGAAGGCUCACGACCGAGCAAGUUCAGUUUCUGGAGAAGAACUUCGAGGUGGAGAACAAGCUAGAACCAGAGAGGAAGGUUCAGCUAGCGAAGGAACUAGGAUUGCAGCCAAGGCAAGUUGCUAUAUGGUUCCAGAACAGAAGGGCAAGGUUCAAGACCAAACAGCUUGAGCAAGACUAUGGCAAGUUGAAAGCUAGCUAUGAUAAGCUCAAGAGUGAUCAUGACAAUCUUGUCAAGGAGAACGACAAGUUAAAAGAAGAGGUGAAAUCCCUAAAAGACAGAUUAAAUGCGAGGGAGAAAGAGAAAGAAGAUUCUCACAAGUCAGAGGCCAAUGCGGAUCCUGGAGAUUCAGAAGCAGUGAAUUCAGCAGAAGAAGAGCCACGGGAAGAUGGAACCAAAGACGAAGGAGUAGCUGCCAAGGGAAUAACGGUGUGGAAGCAGCAGGAAGACGCGAAUUCAUCGGCGAAAAGCGACGUGUUGGAUUCGGAGGACACGGAGGCGAACCACCAUUCGUGGAUGCAGCAGGAGCCGGCGGAUUCGUCGCCGGCGGCGGAAGCUGAAGCUGCGGAACACUCGGAUUUCUCGCAGGACGAAGAAGACGAUAAACUGAUGAGGAGCAACCUGCUGAAUCUGGCUUGCUUCCCGAAGGUAGAAGAAGAUGGAUGCUACGACGAUCCUCCCGAAGGUUGUAACAAUUUUGGAUUCCCUGUUGAAGAUCAGGCCUUCUGUUUUUGGCCCUACUGAGUCGCAGACUCGCUCACUCGGUCACAAAUUUCUCCCGACACACAGUUAUCACACCUCAUGUCUGUAACUAUUAUGUAUUAUGUAUAAGAAACAAAAUGAAAUGAAAUGAGAUAAAUAAAUGGUAUUACUCAUUACAUCA